GGCAGGGGUUGGAGAAAAGGGAAUCCUUGCGGGAAACAUAGUGGGAGUGUGUUCAGGGAGAGCGGCCAGAGGGAAAGAUGCCGGAUAGGUGGAGGAAUGCAGAGGGUGCCCGUGGAGGAGUAUCCAGGAGUCCGGAGGGUGUUCAUUGUGCAGAUACAUUAGGUAUUUCGUUAUGGAAAGAACUGAAGCGUUUCUAAGGAAAGGAAAGAACGGAUACAAGGAGUUUCCGCGAAUAGAAAGGAUAGCGUUCGAAGCCAGAGGAAGUGCUAAAUACUAGAGACUAUGAAGAGAAUGCAUGAUAGAAUAGACAGAUGUAGUAGAAUUAAUAAAUGUUGGCCCAAGGACUAAAGAGUUAUUCCAGAUGGGCCGGGAUGGCCUAGUUCUGAACCUGUUUGGGCUCUUCUGUAGAUGACAUCUGGAUAGAGGGGAGGAAUCAGGAGCUUGGAAAUUCAGCCAAGUGAUCUGGUGGGAUGGGCAUUUGCCUGACAUACUAUAUAGAGGACUUGGAUGGCAUAAGUGAUUAAGGUGGUGUGGAGGGUAUUUGAAGCUUACGAAAGGUAGAAACUCAACCAUGAUUUGUUUUUCAACUCUACAGCAUUCCCUUCCUUGAAGUCUUCAUUUUUAUCUUAGUCUCAGGCAGUUAUACUUAAGCAUGAACAUUGACGACAAACUGGAAGGAUUAUUUCUUAAAUGUGGCGGCAUAGACGAAAUGCAGUCUUCCAGGGCAAUGGUUGUAAUGGGUGGAGUGUCUGGCCAGUCUACCGUGUCUGGGGAACUGCAGGAGUCGGUACUUCAAGAUCGGAGUAUGCCUCACCAGGAGAUCCUUGCUGCAGAUGAAGUGUUACAAGAAAGCGAAAUGAGACAACAGGAUAUGAUAUCACAUGAUGAACUCAUGGUCCAUGAGGAGACAGUGAAAAAUGAUGAAGAGCAGAUGGAAACACAUGAAAGACUUCCUCAAGGACUACAGUAUGCACUUAAUGUCCCUAUAAGUGUAAAGCAGGAAAUUACUUUUACUGAUGUGUCUGAGCAACUGAUGAGAGACAAAAAGCAAAUCAGAGAGCCAGUAGACUUACAGAAAAAGAAGAAACGGAAACAACGUUCUCCUGCAAAAAUCCUUACAAUAAAUGAGGAUGGAUCACUUGGUUUGAAAACCCCUAAAUCUCACGUUUGUGAGCACUGCAAUGCUGCCUUUAGAACGAACUAUCACUUACAGAGACAUGUGUUCAUUCAUACAGGUGAAAAACCAUUUCAAUGUAGUCAAUGUGACAUGCGUUUCAUACAGAAGUACCUGCUACAGAGACAUGAGAAGAUUCAUACUGGUGAAAAACCAUUUCGCUGUGAUGAAUGUGGUAUGAGAUUCAUACAAAAAUAUCACAUGGAAAGGCAUAAGAGAACUCAUAGUGGAGAAAAACCUUACCAGUGUGAAUACUGUUUACAGUAUUUUUCCAGAACAGAUCGUGUAUUGAAACAUAAACGUAUGUGCCAUGAAAAUCAUGACAAAAAGCUAAACAGAUGUGCCAUCAAAGGUGGCCUUCUGACAUCUGAGGAAGAUUCUGGCUUUUCUACAUCACCAAAAGAUAACUCACUGCCAAAAAAGAAAAGGCAGAAAACUGAGAAAAAAUCAUCUGGGAUGGACAAAGAAAGUGCUUUGGACAAAUCUGACCUGAAGAAAGACAAAAAUGAUUACCUGCCCCUUUAUUCUUCAAGUACUAAAGUAAAAGAUGAGUAUAUGGUAGCAGAGUAUGCUGUUGAAAUGCCACAUUCUUCAGUUGGGGGAUCGCAUUUAGAAGAUGCAUCAGGAGAAAUACAUCCACCUAAGUUGGUUCUCAAAAAAAUUAAUAGUAAGAGAAGUCUGAAGCAGCCAUUGGAGCAGAAUCAAACAAUUUCUCCCUUAUCCACAUAUGAAGAGAGCAAAGUUUCAAAGUAUGCUUUUGAACUUGUGGAUAAACAAGCUUUACUGGACUCAGAGGGCAAUGCUGAUAUUGAUCAGGUCGAUAAUUUGCAGGAGGGGCCCAGUAAACCUGUGCACAGUAGUACUAAUUAUGAUGAUGCCAUGCAGUUUUUGAAGAAGAAACGAUACCUUCAAGCGGCAAGUAACAAUAGUAGGGAGUAUGCGCUGAAUGUGGGCACCAUAGCUUCUCAGCCUUCUGUAACACAAGCAGCUGUGGCAAGUGUCAUUGAUGAAAGUACUACGGCAUCCAUAUUAGAUUCACAGGCACUGAAUGUGGAGAUUAAGAGUAACCAUGACAAAAAUGUUAUUCCAGAUGAGGUACUGCAGACUCUCUUGGAUCAUUACUCUCAUAAAGCUAAUGGACAGCAUGAGAUAUCAUUCAGUGUUGCAGACACUGAGGUGACUUCUAGCAUAUCAAUAAAUUCUUCAGAAGUACCUGAGGUCACCCAGGCAGAGAAUGUUGGAUCAAGCUCCCAAGCAUCCUCAUCAGAUAAAGCCAACAUGUUGCAGGAAUACUCAAAGUUUCUGCAGCAGGCUUUGGACAGAACUAGCCAAAAUGAUGCCUAUUUGAAUAGCCCGAGCCUUAACUUUGUGACUGAUAACCAGACCCUUCCAAAUCAGCCAGCAUUCUCUUCCAUAGACAAGCAAGUCUAUGCAGCCAUGCCCAUCAAUAGCUUUCGAUCAGGAAUGAAUUCUCCACUAAGAACAACUCCAGAUAAGUCCCACUUUGGACUAAUAGUUGGUGAUUCACAGCACUCAUUUCCCUUUUCAGGUGAUGAGACAAACCAUGCUUCUGCCACAUCAACACAGGACUUUUUGGAUCAAGUGACUUCUCAGAAAAAAGCUGAGGCUCAGCCUGUCCACCAAGCUUACCAAAUGAGCUCCUUUGAACAGCCCUUCCGCGCUCCAUAUCAUGGAUCAAGAGCUGGAAUAGCUACUCAGUUUAGCACUGCCAAUGGACAGGUGAACCUUCGGGGACCAGGGACAAGUGCUGAAUUUCCAGAAUUUCCCUUGGUGAAUGUAAAUGAUAAUAGAGCUGGGAUGACAUCUUCACCUGAUGCUACAACUGGCCAGACCUUUGGCUAAAAAAAAGUGUAAAUAAUACUGGCACUUUAGAACAGAUUAAUCAAGAGUGGGGUUACUCUGUGUAAAUGGAGUGCUGUACAGAUUUAAGAGCAAUGCGUUAUAACAAGUUAAGCUGAUAUGAAUAGCAAGAUAAUCCAAUAACUGCAUUUUGUUUGGUUAGUCAGCAUUCUUUGAACUGCCUUACAUGUUGUCACCUUUAUAGAAGCAAUGCAUUACUUGUUUUAGAACAGAAACUUGCUAUUCCACCUACACCGAGUUUAAAAGGAAAAAAAAAAGACUUUCGCACAAUUGUUUCCUAAUUGAUAACAUUGUACAUUCUUAGGAGAUUAGUAAUUGUGUGAAAUUUACUCAUACUGUUUCUAAGUUUUUCAGCAUAGUCAUUGCACUUCAGCAGGGAAUCUGAGUAUACUUUACAGACAGAGUGAACUUCAGAGUUUAAAUGUCAAGAGAUUAUGGCUUAAAUAAAUUAGUGUGUCCUAUAGGAGGAAAAAAAGAAACCAAGAAACCACCGUUUAAAAAGAAUGAUAUGCCAUAUACCCUUGAUUUUCAUUUUGCAUUAUAUUGACAUGUUUUUUUUUUUUGAGAAAAGAAAGUAAUAAAAAUCUGAUAGUCUAAGACUCCACUAUUUAAAAGCCUAAUUACUUUUAAAAUAUGCAUACUUUCAAAACUUUUACCAAAAUACGUAACUGUUGAAGCAUUCACUUCUCAAUGGAAGUAUGCAUAUUGGUGUCAGUUUCUUUGUACAGUUGUACUUAGAUAUUUUUUAUGAUUUUUCAUGUGCAGGUAUCAAGGUUUUGAAGUUUUAGUAAAAAGAUAUUCUGUAGAUUACAUUCCCAAGAACAUAAUGCUUACACAAAAUGUAUAUUCCACGUUUUAAAGCUUAAUUGUAUUUUACUUUACAUAUACACUUCAGUUAACAUAGAGCACUUAGAAUCUAUUUGGUAUUUUUGAUUUCUCAAAGUAAAAAAAAAAAUUAGAUUUUUAGGUUUGAUAUGGUUGUGUCAUAAUCAUCUCAUAAUUGACAAUUUUAAUUUUUGGCAAUAAAAGGAAAUUGGAUAUCUUUGGAACUGUAAAACCUGGUUUAAUCCUUCUCUUUCUAGAAUCUUGAUAGAUUGGAUAAUUAAACAGUAUCCAGAGAAACUAAAGAAAUGGGCAUUUUAAUUGCUUAUUUUAUCUUGAAUUACUUUUUAAUGAACACUGCUCAUUACAAUUUUACAAACCAAAAGUGUUUACUAAUUCUAGUAACUACAAUUUCUUUUUCAGCUAGAUGAGUGAUCGGAAACUUUUUGUUGCAUUUCAAAAUCUAAAUAAACUACAGACUUUAUCCUUA